CCCGGAAGUAGUUCUCAGCGGUAACACAUGUUGACAAAAACAUAAUCGUGUUGUCUCAAAAAUGGAAUUAAAUACUAAGAAAACGAGUUCACAAGCUUUGCUGACAUGUGGCAACGGAGAAGGUCUCAGCGAGAAGCUUCUCAUCAAGCCAAAAGCCAACAAACCCCUACAGACAGAGAGAGUCCCAAGAAGCAGUGUGUUGGACCGGCUGCAGAGCUUCUUGCCUCAAAUGGCUGAGGCCAACAAGCAACUGAAGAAAGAGAUGGAGGAGGCUCCUGCUGGACACUUUGACAUAGAGAGUGUGGAGGAGGCAGACAGGGUCAUAGAGAUGGAUGUAGCAUUGGUGGAGCUCAGUGGGUCAGAUAGCAGCUCCGAAGAUGACGUUACGUCAGAUUCUGAGGAGGAGUCAGACUCAGAUGACAACAGCAAAAUCACAGAGCAAAAUCUCAAACUACCGGGAGAUAAGGGCAAGAAGCGGAAAGCUAACAUUCAGGUCCUGGACCAGCAGGGGGAGUAGGUGAGACAGGCACAUGGACUGGAGAUGUGUCUGGGUUUUUUGACAUGAUUUAAGUAAAGUGAGCAAUGACAUGCUGACUUUCUGCUCCCUUACUUCAAGGAUGGAUGGAUUUUGUCCUACACCACAUACACACAAGCAGUGACAAUAAAGCUUGUGCUUGGAGAUAUGCAGAGUUUUGUCAUCCCUAUGGGAACAAAAGUAAAUCCUGUAUUUUAUACCUAUUGAGGUUCUUCAAGCUCCUUUGGAACAACAACAAGGACUUUGAAUGCCACAUCCAGUUUGUUCUAGUCAUCAGCUGACCGUUUGGCCACUUAUUUGUUUGUUUCAUAAGCCUCUGCACAGAAAAUAUGCCUUAAAUCAUCUAAUGCUAAAGAAUUUGCAAUACUUAAACUUAGGGGAAACUUCUUAAUAGGUAUAUUAUGAUCUUGCAUAGGUGUAAAUACUUAACUCAGAA